AUGUAUUACAUAACUCUCAGGCGACUGCUGUUCUCAUUUGCGGUCGCCUUGCUCUUUGCUUCGCUUAUCUUAACUACCAAAUCAUCGCUCCGUGCCAGCUACCUUGCCCGCCGAGCUGACGCUUAUGCUCUCCUCAAACACCGCAAUGACCAGGGCCAUGAUCGUGGACAUUUCUAUCAUGAGCUCAGGCCCGAAUAUAAACACGAUGAGAUUCAUCACAGUCUGCAUGAACGAGCUACAAUCACAUAUACUGCAGCUGUCAAAAAAGGAAAAGACCUGAUGUCCCUUAUGGAGUCCACGAUCGCCAAAGCAGAAACUCUCAACUUGGCCGGGACCACCCAGUCAACAUGGCUGGCCUCUGACGAUCUCGAAACGCAGGGAUGGGUACGAAUGAAUAUGGGGACCUUCACGUAUAAAGACUUGACCAUCGACUUACCUGUAUACGGGGACAAGUUGGACGCGUUUUUCUCCUCGAUGGGAAUCUCCUUCAACAGUUAUAGUGCUCGGUAUGUGAUGAGUAUUGAUAGUGGAUAUUACCUAAAAGAUUGCGACCUUGCAGUCUGCUUUCCAUCCGAGGGAAUAUUCGGCAAUAUGAUAGACAUAUCCUCUGGCACAAUUGUCGCCGAUCUGAACAGGAGUCCCUUAAGCAUGAACUACCCUGAGGUCACGCUAAGCAUCAUCUGCCCUAUACGACAGUGGUCGGACGCCGUAUAUACCCAAUGGUUAGCUGCCGGGGCGGUUGAAUCCACGUCGCUGAAUCAAAUCGUCCGGGCUGGUAUAAACAACGCCGCAACACAAGAAUUCGUCAUCCAGGCACUCCGUAAGCAGGGCAGUGUUACCGAGAUCCCAACGUGGAAUGUGGAUAGCCAGCUCACCCUGACGCGUGUGGAUGAUGGGGACUUCUUUGCUGCUAUUCUGGGUAGCCCUAAUGGAGCAGGAUGUGCGUACCUGUUAGCACAGCAUAAGGCAGAGCUAGGUAUAAAGCAGUUGACAUCGGUUAGUAUCUGGAUGAGCGGGAAUACACCGUUCACGCUUACGUCGCCGAUUAGUACACUAGAGGGGAAUCUGAAUCUCCUCUUCACAGUGGAACCCGUGGCAGAUCCGAUUGAUGUUGACUGA